CCAGCAGAUUCUUUGUGUUGCAUUAAGUUUUUUGCAAACGGCAGUUUUCUUUACAACAUUGGUGAUCUUGGUAGAGCCACGGUAUGCAGAGCCGUCAGAAAAGUGUGCCUCGCUCUGAAACGUUUUUAAACGUGUUCGUAGUGUUCCUUGGACACAAACCAGUGAGAGCCAUUAAAGAAGAGUUCCACACGAUUGCAGGAUUUCCCAAUGUGAUUGGCUGCAUUGAUGGCACACACAUUCCAAUCACUGCUCCUUCAGAAAAUGAAGCUGACUAUGUGAAUAGGAAGUCCAUUCACAGCAUUAAUGUGCAGAUCAUAUGUGAUGCUGCAUAUCUAAUAACCAACGUGGAGGCCAAAUGGCCUGGGUCUGUCCAUGACUCCCGGAUAUACGGAGAGUUUGAAGGCCUUCUGCUGGGUGACAGGGGUUACCCAUGCCAGCCCACUUUGAUCACCCCUUACCCUGACCCGGAGCCAGGCCCCCAACGCAACUUCAAUGUGGCCCACUGCAGGACUAGAGCCCGGGUGGAGAUGACCGUAGGCCUGCUGAAAGCUCGUUUCCAGUGCCUACACACUCAGGGUAACCCCUGAGAGGGCCUGUGACAUUAUUGUGGCAUGUGUUGUUCUCCAUAAUAUUGCCACAAUUAUAGGAGAGCACCGCCCUGCCCUACAUGUAGAGGACCCUGAUGAGGACCCCAUCCACCCUGCAGAUUCCCAGGAUGGAAGAGCGGUCAGAGACAUCAUAUGCAGAAAUUACUUCUACUAAAACAUUUUAUUUUGUCUUCUUAAUUUCCUAAAAACACAAAAGCAACAGUUAGGUUUUUAUUAUAUUGUUCCAAUAACUAACACAAGUCACCUGUGACCAUGCACCCACCUCUAACUUGUGUUUGAGGAUUUUGAUUUCCAGAUCCAUCUUUUGAUUCUGGCGGUCUAACAAUACCAUUUCAAGGUCUUUUUUCUGCAUUUGUUUUAUCAGAUGCAUCUUAUACAGGUCCUUCACAGGUAACUGGGAAUACAUAAAAUCAUGACAUUAAAAAAGAAAUCAUACAGUUGAACAUUAUUUCCACAGAAAGAACCUCUGGCAGUUGCUGCUCAUCUCACUGUGUUCAUCUGUGCUGUGGAAGUGGAUGGAACCUCCUCCUGUUGCCCAGCCAUGUUCUGUUAAAAAAUAGAAUAUCCAGUCACACGUGAUACUGGGUUAACCCUUGUGUGGUCCUUCGUGUCACUUGUUUAGUUUAUUUUCUUUCUUUUUCAAAGGGUUUUUAUUCCAAACAGAUUCAAGAUUCAUUUAAUUUCAUUUAAUUUCAGUUCAUUUUACACAUUUCAGUUCAUUUCACACAUUUCAAAGGCAACUUUCUCGUCGUCGCGUUGUGCUCCGGGUCUGUUGGGACCCUCGUGUAUCAUUUCACGUCAACUGUGUGUGCCAGGGUGUGUGUGGGCCGGGUGCGUAACAUCAUCUCACAUCUCACACAGCACAUGAGUAUCCAAAAGGGUUUUUAUUCAAAAUAGAUUCAAGGUUCAUUUCAUUUCAUUUCAUUUCACAUAUUUCAAAGGCAACUUUCUCGUCGUCUUCGUCAUCGUUUGGUGUCAGGCCGCAGGCAAUUUCUAGCGCGACUCCCAACACACGUGUGUUUGGUUUGCAGCUCGCCGGGUUUUGUCGCAGCGCAAAAGGUCAAUAAGAGUGAAGAGACGAAAUGAGAACAAGAAGAAGAUAAAAAUGAACAAGGAUAACAAAAAGAAAAAGAAAAUCUUUAAAAACAUCCGUGUGCGCAUAGGCACGCACACACAAAAAACUAUGAGGUAGACAAAAAGAAACGGCGCAAAACAAAGCUAAAACCCACACAAGACCACGGUGCCACGGUGAAAAGAGCAAACAAAGUGGCCUACACAACACGACAUACACACACGCUCCACAGGCAGCAAACUACGUACAUGCGCGCCUCAGAGGGUCAGUCUGGCAACUCUCUGAUGGGCUCCGAUCUAUUUAUUGCGUGCAGAGGGAAUUUGAAGGACAACCGUUUAGACUGCACUCCCACCUCGAAAGGGAACCAGCUGCUCGUCCACGGUCACGUCCGGGCCCGGGUUGUAGAGGAGAGGCAGCCGCCGCGCCCACUCGUCCCAUACGUCUCGUAUGGGCGCCAGUUUGUCCGAGGCUCGUCUGGCGGCUCUCGUCUCGCGGCCGUCGAAUCGCAGCACUCCCGAGAACGUGUGGAACCGCUUGAUUGGCAUCGUGGCGCGGAAAAUGGCCCUGCCGUUCUCCUCGUGCCACAGGCUCUCCAAGGCCUCGUUUCGGGACCUGUACACGCCGGCGAGGAUCAGCAGCCCCAUGUAUCCGCACAGGUCCGUGGCGUCCAUCGAUUUCCAGUCGUUGCCGAAUUUCCUUAGGCCCUCGAGGUUCGUGGCGGCCAGCACAAUGUCUAUUAUUCGCGGUGUGACAAACCGGUCAAACACCGAGAGUAUGUCGUGGACGCGCGUGGCAGCGUACUCUGUGGGACCCGGGCUCUGUGGAGGAGUAGCGCGUGUGUGUUGUCUUCUCCGUCGUCUUCUUGUUCUUUGGUGCCGCGGCCAUGAGUUUGACGGCUACGGGGAUGAUACGUGUCCGAGGACCAUUAGAUUUCGCCAUUUCUCGACACAAACGUUUCCCUCUCCUCGUCCUCCUCGUCUUCUUCUCCCAUUUCUUGUCCACCCUCUUGUUCUGCGUUGACUCCUUGUUCUUCUCGGUCGUCUUGGUCGUCGUCAUCGUCUUCUCCUUCGCCGUUGUCGUCGCUGCAGCCUUUUUCGGACUUGCAUUCGUCUUCCUCGUCAGAGUUGCUGUUGUGGUGGUGGGCGUCUUCUUCGUCUUCAUCUUCUUCUUCUUCGUCGUCUUCUUCGUCGUAUUCUUCGUCGUCUUGUUCUUCUUGUUCUUGUUCUUCUCUUUCAUCUCCUUCCUCUUCUGGGACAUUGCAUCUUGCAAUGCAGAAACCCUGACGCAGGUUGAAAUCUAGAGUCAUACGACGGGCCAUGCUGAACCAAGUACAAAACGUACAAAAGUCCAAAAGCAGAAGCAAGAUGAAAAACAACAAGACAAAUGUGUACAGAGAAUGUGUGUGUGUGUGUGUGUGUGUGUGUGUGUGUGUGUGUGUGUGUCUGUGUGUAUAAUAAAAGUGUAUUAGUAGGACAAGGUCAAGCCUUGGAUGUUGAAUACUGGCCAGGGUCCCAGAGCCCCGAAGGGUCAGGGCCACGGUAGUGGAGAAAUUCCAUUGAAUAACGUAUGGGUCCGAGAGACCCAAAGGCCAGAGCUGAGGCAGUAGAGAAUUAUCAUUGAAUAACGUAUGGGUCCCCAAGACCCGAAGGCCAGAGCUGCGGCACUA